GCGCCUGCGCAUUGCGCGCGGCGGGCAGAGCCGAGUCCGGGGCUCUUUUGUUCCGCGGAGCUGGGACGAUUGGCUGGGCCCGGGGGAGCUUCGCUUAGCCUAGCUGAGGUAAGGAGGGGCACCAGGCUCUGGACGCGACCGCAGCUCCUCUUGGCUUAGACAGCUCACCUUCCUCUUCGCCGUCUCCAGCCUUCUGCGACGCGCUAGCGGCGCGACACCGAUUCCCCCCGGGUUGAGUCGACGCUGCUCUGAGCAGCGUCAGCCUUUAUACCAGAAAGCUGGCGGGUACAAUGGGAAAAAAGCAAAACAAGAAGAAAGUGGAAGAAGUACUAGAAGAAGAAGAAGAAGAAUAUGUGGUGGAAAAAGUCCUUGACCGGCGAGUGGUGAAAGGCAAAGUGGAGUAUCUGCUGAAGUGGAAAGGCUUCUCCGAUGAGGACAACACAUGGGAACCAGAGGAGAACCUGGAUUGCCCUGACCUCAUUGCUGAGUUUUUACAAUCACAGAAAACAGCCCAUGAGACGGACAAAACAGAGGGAGGCAAACGCAAAGCUGAUUCAGAUAAUGAAGAUAGGGGGGAAGAAAGUAAGCCAAAAAAGAAGAAAGAGGAGUCAGAAAAGCCCCGAGGCUUUGCCCGAGGUUUGGAGCCUGAAAGGAUUAUCGGUGCUACAGAUUCCAGUGGGGAAUUGAUGUUCCUGAUGAAAUGGAAAAAUUCUGAUGAAGCUGACCUAGUCCCUGCCAAGGAAGCCAACAUCAAGUGCCCCCAAGUGGUCAUCUCCUUCUAUGAGGAGAGGCUGACGUGGCAUUCUUACCCUUCAGAGGAUGAUGACAAGAAAGAUGACAAAAAUUAAUUCCAUCAUGUGCCAGCCUCUGUGUCCCUCAGACUGUGGAUUUGAAGUGGGAAGGGUAGAAGGAGUUCUGCUUGUCUUGACAUCAUAGAAGGGGCUUGAGAAGAUGUCCUUUGAAGAGCCAGUAUGAUUCCUGGCCCUGCAGCAGCAUCCCAAGGGCUUUAGGCAGUUCUGUGCUGUAUACUUUGCAGACUUGUCCCAG